AUGUUCGAAACCCGAAACAUCUUGCUCCUCCUCCUCCUGGCCAUGGCGGUGGCGGUUUCCUCCGACAAGGCCCCCGGUAAGAGGAUACAUCCCCAGGCUUCAGGGACGAGGAAGAAGCCUUCCAACACUGGGGAGCCACACGAGAAGGUCCUGCUGCAUCAAUUAAAGGGCCGUCCGCUCCUCAUCCAUGGAGGCAAGAAUACCCUGCUAACGAGGGCGUCAUUGGGGCCCAAGGCCUCCUGGAGGGACUCUUCGCUCAAGAACUCGUCCAAGUUCUACGGGGAGAGGAUCUUGUUGGACUACCAGCAGUACAUCGUGAGGACUGAGAACCCAGUGAGGAGAGGGCUUCUGCAGGAGCUGAGGGAGAUGGAGGGGGUUGAUGCGAUACGAUACGUUCCUUACGACACAUUCAUCGUGACUGCAUCCCAGAAAGGGUUGCAGCAGUUGAUGAGCACGCACGGCAUAUCCGGGAUCUUCUAUCUCCCCGACGUGUUCAAGUUGGAGCCGGAGAUUCGCUUCUCCUUAUUCGAAGAUGUCAACUACGGGAGGGGGAUGGCUGGCUUCAAGGGACGGAAGCUGAUGGCGGAUGAGACUGAGAAUGAAGGAGAUCAGUCCGUGUAUGUGAUCCUCGCAAUCAGCGACGCGGAAUGGUCCUACCAGACGGUGCAGCUCGUGUCCGACUGGGAGCAGGAGAUGCAAGAUCUGAACCUCGGCGUUACCUUGAAGACUGUGUCGAAGAGGAAAUUGUUGGUGAAGACGAAGCAGGAGAACAUGAAGACAGUCUGUCAGUUCCUGGCGCACAAGCCGCUAGUGCGGUGGAUAGAGAAGAAGAGGGAGGUUUUCCUCCGCAACCGGUAUGCUGUCCAGGCGCUGCAGAGCGAGGGAGCAAACAUGACGAGCAUUUGGAACCGAGGGAUCAACGGCUCGUCCCAGAUCAUCGGGAUAGCAGACACGGGAAUCGAUUAUGACCAUUGCUUCUUCAACGACCCUUUUGAAACGGUUGCCAAGUGCACAGGAAAGAUAGUCACCUACCGCAAGUUUUCCUCUACCGACUACCAGGACUACUAUGGCGGACACGGAACACACGUUGCUGGCUCAGUUGCAGGAAACGCCUACGACGCUGACCCGACCGAGAUGAACUAUGCUGGCGCCUACAACGGGAUGGCGCCGGGAGCGAAGAUCGCGUUUGACGACGUCGGAGACAGUAAAGGAGCGCUUCCUGGCAUCCCCGACGACCUCAACACAGGGCUGUUUCCCCACUCGUAUCAUGCCGGAGCCAGGCUUCACUCCAACUCCUGGGGAGCGAAGUUUGCAGGGUACGAGUCGAUGGCGAUGGAGAUCGAUGAAUUCACGCACGAUCAUGAUGAUUUUCUGGUGCUCGUGGCGGCCGGCAACGAUGGGCCUCAUCCGUACAGCAUCGGCACUCCAGCCACAGCAAAGAACAUCCUCGCUGUGGGAGCCACUGACAACAGCCUCAAGGCGAGUCAAGUGUGGGGAUACUCCGUCGCCACUCAGGUCCUUGUCAAUCAGUCCGUCCUCGACUUGAGCCUGCUCCCUGCCAACUUCGGCCCCCAAAGUGCAGAUCAUGUCACCGGCCAGCUCAGGCUUGCAUCCCCAGCAGACGCCUGCUCGCCAUUGGACGGAGACUUUGCAGGAUCUCUCCUGCUCAUCAAGCGCGGCUCCUGCUCGUUCCUGCACAAGGCGCUUAUGGCGCAGACAGCAGGUGCUAGGGCCGUCCUGAUCCAGAACUCAGAGGACACGCCUGUGCUGAUGACGUCAGACAACUCUUCCUCCGUCUCCAUCCCCGUCUUCAGCAUCUCAUUCUCCGACGGCAACCGGCUCCUCUCCUCCCUCAACUCCAACAUCGAGCUGCGGGGGACAACCCCCACCACCCGGGCUCACUCCCACGAGCACCUGGUGUACUUCUCCUCCUGGGGUCCCACCUACGACUUUCGCAUCAAACCUGACGUGCUCUGCCCGGGGUAUCGGAUCCAUUCUUCUUUCUCCGACGGGGAUCCUACCUCCUUCCAGUGCGGGGCGUACGCCAACUCGGCUGGGGGCGCUCUGCUGGAGAUGUCUGGCACCUCCAUGGCAACUCCGCUGUGCGCCGGUUCUGCCGCUCUCGUUCGCGACUACUUCAAAGGCGGCCAUCACGCAGGUGGAGAUGCGUCGAAAGGGUUCAAUGCUUCUGCUGCCCUCGUGAAAGCUACUAUGAUCCACUCCGCUCAGCCUGCCAUGGUUCAGUCAGCCUCCGGAGCCUGGGAGUUCCCAUCCUCAGUCCCCAACAUCCAGACGGGGUACGGGAGGAUCGACCUUAGCAAGGGCCUCUCCUUCUCCGACUCCCCUACUCGCUCCAUCUACCGUGACCGAGAGCAAGUGGACAACGGAGGGGAGCUGUCUGUAUGUCUUCACGCCUCCUCCUCCAUGCCGUUCAAGGCGACGCUGGUGUGGACGGAUCCGGCUGGGGAGUACCUGGCCGAGAGGGUCCUGGUGAACGACCUGGACCUGAUCGUGCAGAACAAGGACGGAGACGUGUGGAGGGGAAACAAUUUGAGGCAGAGCGAUGAGACGUACAAGGACUACGUCGUGAGUGACAACUUACAGAAUGCAGAGCAGGUAUCUUUUUCUGUCUCGUCCCCUGGUCUGCUUGUGGUUCGAGUAGUCGGGGUCGACGUUCCCCUCGGCCCUCAGGCCUUCAGUCUCGUCCUUUCCGGCUCUGACCUCGUGGAGCAACAAUCCUCCGCCUGCAGCUCCAUCACCUGCCCAAAGAACUGCUCAGGGCAUGGCACUUGCCUAUCAAACUCCGUCUGCCAUUGCGACUUCGAGUACGGAGGUUCCGACUGCUCCAGGAAGUUUCGGACGUUAGAGCAAGGAGAAAACCAUCUUGCUGUCACUGCCAACGGGAUGAGCUUUUAUACCUUUAAUCUCUCUCACGGCAAGUCCUUCCGCAUUAUUUGCACGGGCCUUGGGCCGAGCACCGGCUCUGAUCCCGACUACUACCUCAGCUACGAGAGCCUCCCAACCAUCGGUGAGUACGUCGACGCUGUCAAGGACGAGGGAGACAGCGCCAGUUUUGUCCGCAACCAGGAGCAGGGAGGCAUGUGGGUCCUCGGCCUCUACGCGCGAUGCUGCGAGGACGUCGAGGUCUUGGUGGUGCUGGAGAUCCAGCCCGGCCCCUUCCCAUCCCUCCAGCUCUCUCCCUGCUCCUUCCCCUGUGACUGCCAGAGGUUCACGCAGUCAGCGGGUCAGAUGGAGGACGGCUCGGGCGUCUACACAUACAACAACAACGCCAACUGCAGGUGGAUCAUCUCCCCACAGGGAGGAACACACGGUGCGCUGAAGCUCACGUUCCCCUCCUUCGACCUGGAGGCCAACUAUGACUUCCUCCAACUCAACCAUUGCUUUGACGAGCUCUGCUCCAGCACCUCCUCCCUUGCCACUCUGACCGGCACCGUCUCGUCCUCUGCCUCCUUCGUCGCCUCCAGUGGCAUCGUGGAGAUUCUCUUCACCUCGGACUCUCUCGUUACGGCAGGAGGCUUCCUCCUCAAGUGGAUGUCCCUCGGUGCUUUUGACAUCUGCAACAGCCAGUGCAACUGCGGGAUCUUCAACGGCACUCACGGGGUCCUGACGGACGGAGCAGGAGCAGGAGGACUGUAUCCCAACGAUGCCUUCUGCCACUGGAUCCUCUCAGCACCCCAGGCAUCUUGGCUACAGCUCUCCUUCAAGCGCUUCGCUACCGAGCUCAACUACGACCUGCUGCUGGCCAAGGAGUGCGAUGACGCUGCUUGCCGCAGCUCACGGACCAUUGGGAUCUUCUCCGGCCAUAUCCAGAACCUCGUCCUCCUCUCCACUACCGGUAUCAUGGACAUCGUCUUCACCAGCGACGCAAGCUUGCAGGACAGCGGCUUUGAAGCUGCAUGGACCACAUCGCUGCUGGCAGAGGAAGGGUACUCGCCCUCCCCUUCGCUCCCAGGGCCCUGCCCGUCAGGCUACCGCUGCCAGGAGUGCACCAGCCCGUGUCACUGCCAGCAGUUCCUCAGGCAGGAAGGGCUUGUGACCGACGGGUCGGGCAACCGAGGGCUGUACGAGAACUUUGCCAACUGUCACUGGCUGCUCUCUCCCUUCAACGCUGCCAACAUCAGCAUCAAGUUCAACUUCUUCGAGACUGAGCCGGGCUACGACUUCCUCUGCCUCUUCACCUGCAGCGACCCGAGCUGCCUGGACAGGACGGCUCUUAGGAAUUUCUCGGGCUACUGGACAGGAGAAGAGCUCACUGUCAACGCUCCCGUCCUCGAGCUCGUCUUUCUCACGGACAGCACCGUUCGCUUCCCCGGUUUCGAGCUCUCCUACCGCGCCAUCGUGGACCCCCGCAGCUCCAGCGUCUUCGCCUGUCCUCCUCGCUUUCGCAACUGCUCCUUCACCAGGGAUUGGCCGGAGGUCACCCCUGAGAUCCGCAGCGGACGAGCGGCGACGGGGGGGCUGGGUCACAUGAUUGUUGUCAACCUGUACGAGGCAUGGCUGUGUAUCCUCGACCACCCAUGCUCUGAGGUGAAGCCAGACGGCAGCACGGACCCCUUCUGCUUCAUCUACAAUGAGCAGCUGCUGCGUUUCGAGCCCUGGAAUCUCAACUCGGUCAUCAACAUGUACUAG